AUGGCAACAUCUGGGAAAGGAAAAGAAAAAGAUUGCAAUAGAGAGUCAAAGAAGAACAAAGAGGUGGAUCCUCAGCUAUGGCAUGCUUUUGCUGGAGUAGUGGUUCAAAUUCCACAAGUUAACUCUAACAUCUUCUACUUCCCUCAAGGUCAUGCCGAGCACGCAUCUGAACCUGUCAAUUUUCCUGCUGACAUCAAAAUUCCAUCCAAAAUUCCAUGUAGAGUUGCAGCUAUCAGUUAUAGGGCUGAUCCUGACACAGAUGAGGUGUAUGCAAAACUCAGGCUUGUUCCUCUUAAUAGUAACGAGGUUAGUAGUGAUGAUGACGCUGUUGGUGGCAUCGAUGAUAUGUCUGCAACUAAGAAUAAAUAUCAAUCUUAUACGAAAACUUUGACACAAUCUGAUGCAAAUUAUGGUUCUAAGGUAUUUUUUUGUCCUAAGAGAUGUGCAGAAACAAUUUUUCCCCCAUUAGACUAUUCAGGUACCCCUCCUUGUCAGAACAUUUGUCCCACUGAUGUUCAUGGCAAAACGUGGGAAUUCAAUCAUGUUUACAAGGGCUCGCCGACGCGACAUCAGUUAACAAUCAAAUGGAGCGAUUUUGUAACCGACAAGCAACUUGUUUCGGGGGAUUCACUUGUGUUUUUGAGAGCUGAAAAUGGUGAUCUUCAUAUUGGAAUUCGAAGGUCUAAAAUACUAAACGAAAAUGGAUUGAGAAUACAUGAUAAGAUUAUGGGUAGGGGAAAAGUGAAGGCUGAAGAUGUUCUGGAAGCAGUAAGACUUGCUGUCAACAUGCAACCGUUUGAUGUGGUUUACUAUCCUAGGGUUGGUACUCCCGAAUUUUUUGUGAGAACCUCUUUAAUUAGAACAACACUUCAGACUCAGUGGUAUAGUGGAAUGAGGUUCCAGAUGGCCAGUGAAACUGAAGACUCAACAGAGAUUUAUUGGCUUAUGGGAACAAUUACUUCUCUUCAGGCUGCUGAUCCAGCAUGGCCCGACUCUCUUUGGAGACUUCUGCAGGUUACAUGGGAUAAUCCUUUUGUACUCACAAAUAUUAAAAUGCUGAAUCCGUGGCAAGUCGAAAUACUACCAGACGUGCCAACUUUGCCUAUUGACGGCCAAUUAUCAAUGCCAACUUUUCCAAACAUUCAAACUCCAAAUGAUUCAAUGAUGUAUUUACCAGAAACUAGUCCUGCAGGCAUGCAGGCAGCCAGGCAUGAUCAUUUUAGUCACUCCAAAUCAGUUCCAUUUAAUCGCGAUGCUACAACAUCGAUGACUGUCUCUAAUAACCUGAGAUUGCAAAAGGAGAGCGCCAGUGAGAAUGCUUCGUGCUUGAUAUCAAUGUCUACACAACCGUCAGAGAAACAGGAUCAUGCAAAGCCGAAACAGAUUGUGCUUUUAGGAAAAACAAUACAAAUUGACACAGGAAAUGAAAAUGCUGAGAAGAAAAUCACUAGUUCUUCUUAUGAUCCUCUACAAGACCUGCCGAAACGUUCCUCUGGCGAGAGGCUGGAAUGUGAUCCCGAGAGCCAAUGCAAAGAAGAUACUUUGGCAGGAGAAACAGUGGAGAUUGAAGAUUCAGGUAAGAAUAAGAAAUGAAUAAAAUUCAAAAACUGGUACACCUCUUAGAAAUUGAUAUAUGUUAAUAAUAUUUUCAAGUGAGUUCAUCAAAAGAGGCAACGUGACAAUUAUAUUAGCAAUGGAAGGAAGAAGUCUGAUUUUUCAUCUUGUUGCAAACUUUUAUUGAGAACA